GACAGUUUGAACUGCAUAUGGCUGGAUUACGUGGAACAUCCGCCCCAACGAGUUUUCGGUAUGAUAUACCCGUUGAUUGGGUUGCUGUGCAUUCUAACAAUUUUCUUGUGCAACGCAAUUGUUAUACGGGAACUUAUCCGAUUAGGCAAUCGCAUAGUUACUGUUAUUCCCCCGCUGGAAGGAAACAACUCAGCCGGCACUUCCGGUCAAGACUCAUCAAACACCAAGGUGACGCCUUUCGAAGUGGCCUUUGCGAAAAUGAUGGCAUCGCUUUCGAUCGUGUACCUUGCAUGUGGAUUGCCUUACCAUACAUUGGUGUUGGUCCAGCAAUUUGCCGUUCCGGUAAAUCCGAUGAUUGAAGGCAUAGUUCACUUCCUUGCGGCCACCAUCUACAUAGUCGACCCAAUUGUAUACAUCCUGAUUCGCAAGGCAAAACGUUUGAAGAAACUUUUCUGUGGGUUGUGUCUCCGAGAAAAGUCGCAUGGGAUUGGGGCACUUUCAUUAAACAAAAGAAACGCAUCAGAGAUAGCAAAAGCAGAAAGACCUACAGAAUUUUUCUAAAAUCUCGUUUUUGCGCCGUUAUGUUUAUGUUUUUGUGCUGGCUUUUUUAUUCGUAAAAUUUCACUGUCGUG